GUACGGCACGGCAUGGCGGCGUCACCGCGCUUGCCCGGUGUGCUCCUGGCCACCCUCUUGCUCUCGGUGGCCACGGCGGAAGCGGCCACCGGGCGGUGGUGCGAGCGGACGGUGCGGGUGACGGCGGAGGAGGAGGUGACGCCCCGGCGGGAGGACGCGGUGCCUUGCGCCGACCUCUACCGCUACAGCCUGGCCGGUUGGCGCAUCGACCCUCACCGCACGCCGCGCCGCGCCUACGGCCAGCCCCGCCGCGACCCCCAGCUCUGCUACAUCUACCGACCCCCGGAGACGCGGCCGGUGGCCUGGAACCGCACGGUGCGCGCCUGCUGCCCGGGAUGGAGCGGGCCCCAUUGCACCGAAGGCGAAGGCUCGCUGGGACGCUGCUACGGCACGUGGCAGUGCCAGGACGGCGCCGGCAGCCGCAACCUCUCGGCCAUGAGCCUGGCGGAGUGCUGCCGGCACCCCUGGGGACACAGCUGGAGGAACGGCUCCACCGGCCCCUGCAUCGACUGCACCCGCCUGCCCCUCCACGGAGAGGCAUCCCCGUGGCCAUCGCUCGCCGCGUCCCUGGGGGGAGCAGCCGCCCGGCACCGGGAUCUCUCGGCCGACUGCCUCUCCUGGGCCGGAUCCCGCUACCGCACCUUCGACGGGACGCACUUCCACUUCUCCGGAGAGUGCACCUACAGCCUGGCCGCUGCCGCCGACGGCACGUGGGCCGUCUCCAUCGCCGCCGGCAAUCCCCGGGCGCUGCACAUGGCCUUCGGCAUGGACGCGGUGGUGGCCCGGGGCCGAAACGUCUCUGUGAACGGCGUGGUGGUGCCGGAGGGACAGCCGUACCUGCACAACGGGAUCGGCGUCACCUGGCCGGGCGAGUGGGUGGCGGUGGCCAGCGGGCUGGGCGUGCGGGUGAGCUGGGACGGGCGCCAGGCGGUCACCGUGACGGCGGAGGCCGAGCUGCGGGGGGACACGCGGGGGCUCUGUGGCCCCUACAACGACGACCCUGCCGAUGACUUUUUGCAGCCGGGGGGGGACGUGGCCCCCUUUGCCGCCACCUUUGGCAACUCCUGGAAGAUCCCAGACUCCGGCUCCGAGCCCUCCUGCAGGGACGUGGCGGAGCUCGUCCCCGGCUGCGCGGCGGGCGACGCGGCGCGGCGGGCGGCCGAGGCCGUCUGCGGGCGGCUGUUGGCCGAGCCCUUCCGCGAGUGCCACGGCGAGGUGGACCCCCACGGCUUUCACGCGGCGUGCCUGGAGGUGCUGUGCCGGGAGGGCGACGCCGGGCCCUCGCCGCCCGCCGCCGUCUGCGACACCUUCGCCGCCUACGCGCGGGAUUGCGCCCGUCGCCAGACCUACCUCGACUGGCGCCGGCCGGGCUUCUGCGAGCGUCCCUGCGGCGCGGGGCAGCGCUUCUCGGACUGCGUCUCCUCCUGCCCCGCCGGCUGCGAGGCCGUGGGCAGCCAAGAGCCGGGGCCCUGCCACCACCACUGCGCCGGCGGCUGCCAGUGCGCCCCGGGGCUCUACCGGGACGGGGGGCUCUGCGUCCCCCCCACCGCCUGCCCCUGCCACCACCGUGGCCAACGCUACGGCCCCGGCCAGAGCGUGCGGCAGCGCUGCAACCGCUGCACGUGCCAGGGUGGCCGGUGGCUCUGCAGCCAGGAGCGGUGCCCGGGGGAGUGCGCGGUGCUGGGGGGCCACCACUACGUCACCUUCGACCGCCGGCGCUUCUCCUUCCGUGCCGCCUGCGCCUACAUCCUGGUGCAGGACUUCGUGGAGGGGCAGCUGCUGAUCACGGCCGAGCACGAGCCUUGUGAUGGCCACCGGCCCCACGGCUGCCUCCGCUCCCUCUCCGUCAGCGCCCGCCGGACCUCCGCCCGCCUCCGCGGCACAGGCGAGGUGACGGUGGACGGGCGGGAGGUGACGCUGCCCUUCGCCAGCGCCGCGCUGAGCGUCCGCCGGGCGUCUUCCUCCUUCCUGCUGCUCCAGACCCUGGGGGUCCACGUCCUGUGGGGGCUGGAGACCCCCAACGCCUACCUCACCCUCCAGCCCGCCUUCGCCCACAGGGUGCGGGGGCUCUGCGGCACCUACAACUGGGACCAGCAGGACGAGUUCACCACGCCGGCGGGAGACGUGGAGACCGGCGUCGCCGCCUUCGCCAACGCGUACCGGGCGGCCGGCGACUGCCCCGCGCUCGCUCCCCUCCCCCUCCAGCCCUGCGACGCCUUCGCCGGCCGCAGGGAACUCGCCGAGGCCGCCUGUGCCGUCCUGCGCGGCCCUGCCUUCCAGCCGUGCCGGGAGGUGGUGGAGCCGGAGCCCUUCCUGCAGCUCUGCCUGCGCCAGGCCUGCGCCUGCGGGGACGGGCAGCGCUGCCUCUGCCCCGCGCUGGCCGCCUACGCCCGGGACUGCGCCCGCGAGGGGACCCCGCUCUCCUGGAGGAACCACGGCCUCUGCGAGGUGCCCUGCGGCGGGGGACAGCUGUACCAGGAGUGUGGCCGUCCCUGCGGCCAGACCUGCGCCGAGCUGCGCCUGCCCGGGGCCGGCUCCUGCCCCGAGCUGGCCGGGCUCUGCGUCCCCGGCUGCAACUGCCCCCCCGGGCUAGUGCUGGAGGAGGGUGGGCAAUGUGUCCCCCCGGCCGCCUGCCGCUGCCGCCACGGCACCCAGCUCUACCCCCCCGGCAGCCAGAUCCGCCGGGGCUGCAAUCCCUGCGUCUGUACCGGGGGGUCCUGGCGUUGCGCCGAAGCCCCCUGCCCCGCGGCCGCCCUCUGCCCCGGGGGGCUGGUUCACGCCCCGGGGUCCUGCCUGCGCCGCUGCGACGCCACCGAGCCCAACGGCACCUGCGCCGGCAUCGCCGACGGCUGCGUCUGCCCCCCCGGCACCCUCUUCCUGGACGGGCACUGCGUGUCCCCGGAGGAGUGUCCCUGCCACCACGGCGGGCGGCUCUACCGGCCAAACGCCACCAUCGUCCGGGACUGCAACACCUGCGUGUGCCGGCGGCAGCGGUGGCACUGCGGGCGCGAGGAGUGCGCGGGCACCUGCGUGGCCACGGGGGACCCCCACUACGUCACCUUCGACGGGCGAGCCUUCUCCUUCCGCGGGGACUGCGAGUACCUGCUGGCGCGCCAGGCCGACGGGCUCUUCGCCGUCACCGCCCAGAACGUCCCCUGCGGCACCAGCGGCGUCACCUGCACCAAGUCGGUGGUGGUGGCCAUGGGCAACACCGUGGUGCACAUGCUGCGAGGGAGGGACGUGACGGUGAACGGGGUCUCGGUCCGACCCCCCAAAACCUACAGCGGGACGGGGCUGACGCUGGAGCGCGCCGGCCUCUUCCUCCUCCUCCUCUCCCGCCUGGGGCUGGCCGUGCUGUGGGACGGAGGCACGCGGGUGUACGUCCGGCUGGAACCCCGGCACCGGGGUCGGGUGGCCGGCCUCUGCGGCAACUUCGACGGCGACGCCGAGAACGAUUUCACCAGCCGGCAAGGGGGGCUGGAGCCCACCCCCCACCUCUUCGGCAACUCCUGGCGCCUCAGCCCGCUCUGCCCCGAGGUCCAGGGCGACGGCGCGCCGCACCCCUGCGCCGAGAGCCCCCACCGGGCACCGUGGGCGCGCCGGCGCUGCGGCGUCCUCCAGCAGCGGCUCUUCGCGCCCUGCCACGACGUGGUGCCCUCCCAGCGCUUCUACGACUGGUGCGUCUUCGACGCCUGCGGCUGCGACUCCGGGGGGGACUGCGAGUGCCUGUGCACGGCCAUCGCCGCCUACGCCGAGGAGUGCGGCCGGCGCGGCGUCCACAUCCGCUGGAGGAGCCAGGAGCUGUGCCCCCUGCAGUGCGACGGGGGGCUGGAGUACAGCGCCUGCGGCCCCCCCUGCCCCCCAACCUGCCGCGGCCUCGGCCGGGACCCCCCCGAGCACUGCCAGGGCCUGGCCUGCCUGGAGGGCUGCUUCUGCCCCCCGGGGAGCGUCCUGCACGACGGGGGGUGCGUGGCGCCGGCCGCGUGUCCGUGUUUCUGGGACGGCUUCGCCUUCCCGCCCGGCGCCGCGGUGCAGCAGGGCUGCCGCAACUGCACGUGCGCGGGGGGCGGUUGGCGCUGCCCGUCGUCGCCGCCGUCGCCGUCCUCGUCCCCGUCCCCGUCCCCGUCCCCGUGCCCGUCCCCGUCGCCCUGCGCCCCCUGGGAGUUCCUCUGCCGGGCCGAGGGGCGCUGCGUGCCGGGCGCCUGGCGCUGCGACAACGAGGAGGAUUGCGGCGACGGUUCGGACGAGGCCUGCGCCCCCCGUUGCCCCCCGCGGCAACCCCGUUGCGCCGGGGGCCAGUGCCUGGCGUGGGGCGCCCGCUGCGACGGCUACCCCGACUGCCCCGACGGCUCCGACGAGGACGGUUGCCCCCCGACCCACUGCCCGGCCCCCGGCUUCGGAUGCGCCGACGGCCGCUGCCUCCCCCCGGAACUCGUCUGCGACGGUCGGCACGACUGCGGCGGCGACGACCCCUCGGACGAGGCAGGCUGCAGCCCGAGCUGCGCGGGGGGCGAGUUCCGCUGCGCCGUGGGUCGCUGCGUGCCGUCCCCUCGGCGUUGCGACGGUCGGGACGACUGCGGCGACGGCAGCGACGAGCGGGGCUGCGCCUGCCCCCCCGGCCACCUGCCCUGCCCCGGCGAGGACCGUUGCUUGCCCCCGGCCGCCCUCUGCGACGGCCACCCCCACUGCGCCGACGGCACCGACGAGGCCACCUGCCCGGAACCGCUGACCUGCCCCCCCGGGCACCUCCCCUGCCCCGACGGCUCCUGCGUGGGGGAAGCCGCCGUCUGCGAUGGCGUCGGCGACUGCGGGGACGGUUGGGACGAGAGCCCGGUGGCCUGCGCCGUGGCCUUGCCGGCGGCGACGCCGACGGCCGGUGAGGGGCCGCCGGCGUGCGAGGCGGGGGCCUGGGCGUGCGGCGGCGGCGAGUGCGUGCCGCGGGGCUGGCUGUGCGACGGCGAGGCCGACUGCCCCGACGGCAGCGACGAGUUGGGCUGCCACCGGCAACCCCACGAGAUUUGCCGGCCCGGCUACUGGCCCUGCGAGCGAGACGCCGCCUGCGUCCCUUACGGCCACCUCUGCGACGGCGUCCCCCACUGCCCCGACGGCUCCGACGAGAGCGGCGACCGCUGCGGUUCCACGGCCAUCCCGCCGUGCCCGGGACACUUCUCCUGCGCCGACAGCGGUGGCCUCUGCCUCAACGUGUCCCGGGUCUGCGACGGUGCCACCGACUGUCCCCAGGGCGAGGACGAGCUGCACUGCCACAGCCGCGUCCUCGCCGGCGGCAGCAACCGGACGGGGGGUCCCUGCCCCGAGUACGACUGCGGGGGGGGGGAGUGCGUCACCUUCCAGCAGGUGUGCGACGGGAAGGCGGAUUGCGGGGGGGUCCCCCCCCGGGACGAGCGGGACUGCGGGGUUUGGGGGUCCUGGGGGUCCUGGGGGACCUGCAGCCGUUCCUGCGGCCCCGGCCUGCAGCGCCGCGCCCGGGGGUGCCACCAGCAGCGCCCCGGCCUCCUGCGCCGCUGCCGGGGGCAGGACGCGCAGCAACGGCAGUGCUUCAGGGGGGCCUGCCCCGUGGACGGCUCCUGGGGCGAGUGGUCGCCCUGGUCGGGUUGCCCGGAGGAGUGCGGGGGGGUGCGGCUGCGGCGGCGGCACUGCCGACCCCCCCACAACGGCGGGCGACCCUGCCCCGACCCGCCCGCAGAGACCCCCGCCGCCCUCCAGAUGGCCCCCUGCCCCACAGACGGCUGCCCCACGGCCUCGGCCUGCCCGGGGGGGCUGCGCCCCCUGCCCUGCCCCCCCUGCCCCGCCACCUGCGCCCACCUCGCCGCCGGCCCCCCCUGCCCCCAGGAGGGACCCUGCACCCCCGGGUGCUGGUGCCCAGCGGGGCUAGUGCUGGCCCCCGAAGGCCAGUGCGUGCCCCCCCGCGAGUGCCCGUGUGUGGCGGGGGGGGUCCGCUACCGCCCGGGGGACGCGGUGACCCUCAAUUGUCGCCUCUGCACUUGCCUGGAGGGGGCGCUCCGGCGCUGCCGCCCCCACCCCGCCUGCGCCGUGCACUGCGGCUGGUCGGCGUGGUCGGCGUGGGGCGAGUGUCCCGGCCCCUGCGGUAGCCAAAGCGUGCAGUGGGCUUUCCGCAGCCCCACCGACCCCCCCCGCCGCGGGGGGGGGCGCAGCUGCCGGGGCAUCUACCGCAAGGCCCGCCGGUGA